CAAUGACAAUGGUUUUGAGUCUGUAUGUGUGUUGGUUUUGCACAAACUAACUAUAUACAUAAUUUAUAUCCAUACAACUCUGUUAAAUCCCAAAAUUAUUAUAAUUGAAUUUCAAGCAGCCAUAGAAAACCGAAAACAAAUAAAAAAAAUUAACAACACAUUCAAACAUAGCUGGUCAUAAUUUACGUGGAAUAAUAAUAUUCAUGCAUUCAAACAACAAAUGUUUUAAAUAUUGUUUAGAGAGACCGGAGAUCAACCAGCAGACACACGAUAUGUAUAUAUAGAUAUAUGGAUAUAUGGAUAUAUGCACACAAAAGAGAGAAGAGAAAAAGCCAAAAAGUGAGAGAAGUAGUAUUUUUUAUGAGUUCAUGAGCAUAUUUGCUGGAGUGAGUGUAAAUGUGCUGGAGGCACAGAGAGCAUAAGUUUACAGUUUUCGUUUGGGGUGCGAACAAAACAAAAAACACACAAAUAAAUCAAGAAAUAAUAUGAAGUGAUUUUCUUUCAUUCAUGUGUAUAUAUUGAAUUAGUCCAACGAAAAAAAAAACCGAAGAAGAAAAGAUAAACAUUUAAUUCAUUUGGUUGUGUUGUGUGUGAGUGUCUGUGGAAAACUGUUUCAUAUAGCAUAACAAGUUUUAAAACGACAAUUUUUUUUUCUUCUUCUCUUAUUCCACUGUUGCUAAAUUGAACUUUCUUAUGUGACGAAGAUUUAUCGUCCAGUAAUAUAAAAAUAUUGACAGAAUCUUUUGACUGAGAGAUAUUACAAUACAUUCACAUUCAAUCGUACAAUACACGCGCACAUCACAAAACGCCUUACUUUCAAAUCAACAGAAUACAAUCAACAAGAAGUAGCCGCAAGUAGAGUGGUUGGUUCUAAUUACACAAAAGAGCGACAUCCGUGUAUAAAACAAAGAAGAAAAAAAGACAUCAAAACAACAACAAUAAAUGCAAACACACACAAAGAAACUCGUUAAAAAACCAUUUUUCGUUUUAAGAAAAGCAGAAAAAAACAUUUCGAAAAGGUCGAUUUAACCUUUAAACAGAUUUUUUUUUAAUACUUCUUAUUGUGAUACAUGCAUAUAUUUGUAAAUUUAUCCGAAAUUUUACAAGUGUUUUCAUCCAUAAACAAUAGAGUGAGUGCAUAUGGUUGUGUGAGUGUAAAGAACACGGAAGACAGAAUAGUGAAGACAGAAUCACCGAAAUAAAAUUAAAAAAAAAAUACUGUGUGAGAUGGUGGUCGCUUAAGCAAAUGAACAAGGACUCGAACGGUUACUGAUAUAGCACACAUGCAUCUGCUGGUCAUGAUGACAAUGAUGAUGAUGAUGGCGAGAUGAUAAGAGAAAAUUGAAAAUGAGACACUUUUUUCGCCAAUAUUCACAAAUGCAUUUCACAUAUAUACUGAAAAAUUGUAUCUUGUUAGGGGCGAUGUUAUUAAUGUGAUGCAUAAACUAGUAAGUGUUGCUCUAUUUAUGUGUGUGUGUGAGUUGGUGCGUGUACUUUUAAAGCAGAAGCAGUAGCAGUCACAAUUGAUGAAAAUGUUAAAAGUGUUGCGAAUCAUCGAAUGAACAAACAUAACAUAGAUAUUGUAUGAUAGAAGUUCAAGCGGAAAAUAACCAACGAAAUAUAUUAUUUGAUUACAUUCUUUUUUCCUUCUAUUUUCUGUCUCAUGUUGUCUCAUUUGCUGUCUCUCUCUCGCAUAAAAAAUGAUCGAUUCACUUCAUUUUAUCUCAUUCUAUAUCUUUGAAUAAAAAAAAAUUAAAAAACGAAAAAGAAAAAAAACUUUACAGUUUUCAGCGCGAUUGGUCGAAAAUAGAGAGAAAAAAGUCUUUGGCUAUGAAUUAAUUACUAGUGAUUACGAGACAACAUUACGACCAAUAGAAAAUACGAAACAAGCCUGUAUUAGAGAAAAGAGAGAGAGAAAGAAAUAUAUAACGAGCGUAGUGCGCGUGCUGCUGCAUUCAACAACAACAACACCAAUCAAAACGAAUGAUACAGAGUGUGUGUACAUGAAUUUAAGGGAUUUGCGUAUAUUUACUUUAUUAUUAUUAAAAAAAAAAAAAAUAAAAUAAAAUACAUUGGAUGCUAUUGUUAAAAAUCGACACUACAACAAAGUAUACAAGAUGUCGUCUGGUCACAAUCCGCACAGUCGACUGAGUCAACCUGUUAAUUCGUCUUCAUGGAAUCAUUUACAAGUGCCGUCGUCAUAUAUGCCGCGUCAACCACCACAAUUGGCCCACAUGUCAAGCGAACGAACACUUCGAACAUCACCAUUAAUAUGGCCAAACACCAAUCCAGCUGAUGCAUUUUACAAUUAUAUGGCACUUACAGCAGCGGCUGCUGUAGCCAAUUCUAAUCCGAAAAAUACCACAUUAGAUAUGAAUCCAUUGUUGCCAUUUGUACGAACGCCAACGAAUCCAAUGCCCUUUAGUUCGGUUGAUUUAAGCUUAUCAGCAACCACGACGAAUACAAAUCGAAAUAGUUUGACACCAUCACCACGAAAUUAUCCAGUUUCAUCCAGUCCAAGCACAUCGAAUAAUCGUUUUGCCAUCAAAUCAACGGCCGAUGAACCGGACGACAGCACAAACAAUAAAAUUGAUGAUAAUAAUAAAUUAAAUACGGAUCCAAUUGCAUUUUUAAGCGAAAUGUCUGAGCAACUAGCAUCGAUGCGAACAAAUCGAAAUUUAGCCACAUCAAGCACAAUUCCACGUGACACAAAUAAUUUAAACAGUGAUUUGCCUAAUUUUAGAAUUAAUGGCGGUAAUGAAAAGCAGUCAAAGCAACGAAAUGAACCAAUGGAAUUGGGAAGAGAGGCCAAUGCAGCUGCAAAUCUUUUUGAAAAUGAAAGUCUAACAAAUUCUGUCCAUCUGCAACAAUUAUUGGGUUUAACGCCGCCCAUCACUUCCAGUAUUACGCCAAAUUUAAAUGAUUUAUCAAAAUCACUUUUAUCAAUGUUCAAUAAUACCGCAUCGCCAUCACCAAUGUUAAUAUCGUCAAAAUCACAAUCGAAUUUCCAUACACGUCAGCCGGACACAGGUACGGCUAAAAAUUGCUUAAACAUAUCGAACGAUGACAGUUUAGAUUCACAAUCUGGUACAUGUAAUGGUGAUGAUGGUAUUGGACGACGGUAUCGUCGACGAAAACCUCAAAAAACGGUUCGCAUGUCAAAUGAAAUGAAUGCCACCGCCGAAACCUCAACGCUGGAAAGUGAAAAACCCAUUAAAAAUGAUUGUCACAGCAAAAGUGAAAAUACAACAAACGGCAUCAAUUUUCCAACAUUUCAUUCCGAUGCAACCGCUAACAUUUUAACGCCGUCACCAUUGCCGCCGUCGACAACAACAAUUGUACAACCACCGCAAACCCAGUCAAUGGAUUUAAGUCAUCAUUGUACGAAUCCGGAAAUGUUUGAAAAUGGUCUAGUGAAUUAUAGCAAAGCAAACGAUUUAAAUAUGGCAAAUUCAACGGUCGGCGAACGAUGUGAUAAGGAUGCGAAUUUAAUGCAAACCGAUGAAAUGAAUGGUUUAAAUCUAUUUGGAGCAUUUGGACAUUUGAGCAGGGUUGCAAAUCUAACAAAUGACAUUGCAACCUUUCCGAAUACAGAUGAUUUGGUGAAAAAAGUGGAAGAAUUAGUGAAAUGUAAUGAACAAAAUGGUUUCGGUAGCAAUACAAAUAAAUUGGUUUCGGACGCAUAUGAAAAUAGUCGAAUAGCAAAUGGAAUAUCAAUGGAAACGAUUAAAUCGCCAAACAAUACUGUUGAGCAUGCAAACAAAAAUACGAUUAAAUGUAAUGGUAAUGGUGUCAUACCCGGAAUGAUACAGACCAAUUUAAAUGAUAAAAUUGAAAAUAAAACGCAUGAAAAUAGUUGCCAUGAUGAGGUGAAAAUGUCGACUGCAACACCAUCAAAUUCGGAACAAAAUUGUGAAAUUGCAUGCAUCACAUCGGAUAAAACGGAACAAAUAUUCGAAGCAACCAAUUCAAUUGAUUUAAUAUACGAUAAACAAACCAACAAUGAUAUUAAUAAUCAUUCAAAUAUUGAUGUGAGUUCGGUCAGUGUCGAACCAAACGCCACAUCUACUACUGUCGAUAAUGCAAUGAAUAAUGAAACUACCAAUAAAUUUAAUGGCGAUGAUGUUGCAAAAUGUACGAUAUCUGCAUCGUCAAGUGAAUCACAGCCAUCGAAUGCAUCGCCAACGCCAAAAAAUAAAGCCACCGCUACAAAAAAGAAAGCAACCAAUCAACGAUGCAAUGGUAAAAUGGGCAAACAAACAAAUACAAAUAAUAAAACCAAUCAAAAGAAUGCAAAAUCGAAUGAAAAGUCUGAAAAGAAAAGUGAUAUUAAAAAAACGAAAACAAAAGAUGAUUCAUUGGCCAGUGAAACGCUCAAUAAAUUCCGUGGUCCAUAUGUGCAUGUUGACCGUGAUGGUUCGGUGAAUGUUAUAAAUGCACCAUUGAAUGAAGAGAUUGCCGAAAAGCAAAGUAAAUUUAAAAAGAAUUACAUCAGUCAACGGCCGGCCGAUCGGAAUAGAGUACGCGGUUUGCAUGUUAGUACGUUAAGCAAUAAAUAUGAUGCGAUUACCACUGAUAUUAGUUGGAUGUGUGUAUUUUGUAAAUUGGGACCGCAUAAAUAUGGUUUGGGCGAUUUAUUUGGGCCAUUCAUUUUAUCAACCGAAAGUGAAGAUUUUCAGCUGGCACAAAUCGAUCCGAAAAAUGAUGUAUUCAAAUCAUCAUGGCAUCGAAACCGAAACAAUAUGGCAUUCAUGCAAAACAUAUCGGCCGUUGCAGCAAAAUCACUCACAAAAACGGCAAAUGCAGGAAAUCAGCCGGUGACAUCGGUUAAGAAAAAACGAAAACUCAAUCAACUUGAUAAUGGCACAACAUCGAAUUCAUCUGGACAUGCUGUUGAAUGCAAUGCACAACACAAUGAAAUUGAUAUUUUUUACGGUAUGACACGGGCCACCGACACUUCAUACGAGGUGUGGGCACAUGAAGAUUGUAUCGUUUGGGCGUCUGGUGUGCAUAUCAUUGGUUCACGAGUUGUUGGCCUGGAAACGGCCGUUUGGGGUAGCGUUCGACAUCAAUGCGGUAUUUGUAAACAAUAUGGUGCCAUGUUGAGUUGCUUGCAACGAAAUUGUAAUAAUGAAGUGCAUGUACCAUGCGCAAAACGUUGUGAUUGGAAUUUGGACGAACACUGCUUUCAAAGUCGAUGCAGUGAACAUGCAUCGGUGAAUGAUAGCAUUGAUGAAAAUAACUAAUUGAAUCUAUUGGAAUGUGUGGAUGUCAAUUAUUACAGACAAAUCAAUACGCUUUUUGUGUAAUAACAGACAAUUUUCUUUUUCAUAAUUAUAACUGACUGGCUAUACUUUUUUGAUCACAUUGAUAAUUGAAAGCAUGGCAUAAAAACAAACAGAAUUAAAAACACUAAUAAAAUAAAUAAUACAAUGAGAUUGCAAGACUUUGUACAAAUAUUGAGUCAUGAUGCUUACAAAGAAACAUUGAAAACAAAUAAUAAAAAAAUUAUUACAGAACUAAAACGAAACUGAACUUAAAACAAAUGGAAAAUAAA